UAUUACGUACUCGUUAGUCUGUUCCGGCCUUUAGUGUCUCUUCUGUUCUAUCGUUGCCCACGCCAAUAUAGCUUAUGUGCAUUUUCCAUUGACGAAUACAUAUGUUUACUUGAUUUAUUCAUUGAUCGUGAAAACACAUAGACCUCUGGUUCCUCGGACAGUUUAAUUAUUGAUGCUGUAAUCAUUUCCGCGCGCAGAUGAGUGGAAUUCCAAAAGAAUCGUUUGAAGGAUAUAAUAUGACUUAUCAUAUUGAAGAAAUAAAUGAUUUUUAAUCUGAUAAAAACACAGCAAAAAAUAUGGAUUUAGAUUCGUUAAAAGAUCCUCACAAUUCGCAUUGUAACAUUAGUAGUACAUUAAAUAACAACAGUAAUACAAGUGGUAUUGAAAAUACAAAAUUAAAUGAAUCUACUUUAAAUAAAGUAGAACAAAUUAAUACUAAAAAUUCUAAAAUUGGCGAUAAUAAUGGUGUUGAAUUAUCUAAACAACAGGUGCCAAUUAAACAAAUGAUAACAACUGCCUCUAUUGUAAAUGUACCUAAACUAAUUAAAAUCAAUUUAAAUUCUCACUGCAUAAGUAGCUCAUUAGAUACCAGCAGUAGUACAAGUGGUAAAAAAAUUACCAAAUUAAAUGAAUCCAUUUCAACUCAACUCCAAGAAAUAAAUAAAACUGAAAAUUUUAAAAUUGGAGAUAUACAUGAUGUUGAAAUAUCUAAACAACAAAAGUCAGUAAAUCAAAUUAUUUCAACUACUUCUGUUAAAAAUGAAAACAAUAUAUAUCCUCAAAAAAUAAGUAGUUCAUUGAAUAACAGCAGUAGUACAACUGGUAAAGAAGUUACCCAAUCAAAUGAAUCUAUCUCAACUGUAAUUCAAGAACGAAAAAAAAUUGAUAAUUUUAAAGUUGAUGAUGUUGAAAUAUCGUUAUCUAAUCGUAAAAUUCCAGUGAAGCACGUACUACCUGCUAUAGCUUUUGUCAAUUCAUCUAAUAUACAUUUUCAUAAUACUCAUCGUGAUUUGAGUAGUUUAUUGGAUAAUAACAAUAAGAAAUAUGGUAUAGAAGUUUCCAAAAUAAAUAAAUCUACUUCAACUAAAGUACUUGAACAAAAAAAAACUGUUAGUUUAAAAAUUCUUGAUAAUAUUAAUAUUGAAAAAUCUAAACAACAGAUACCAAUCAACAAACUGAUCAAAGCUCCUUUGUUUUUAAAUACACUUAAUAAAAGUCAAAAAACCGUAUGUAUAAGACCAAACACAUAUUCUUUGAAUGUAGAAAAAAUUUCUGUUCCACAAACAGUUAUAUCUAAUGUGAAACUACUUCCUUCAGUUAUUACUGGCCAAAUUAAAAAACCAUCAACUUUCUCUAUAAUACCUUCCACUACACGCAUCAAUCCAACAAAUACAAUUAUUAAAAGAUUACAACCCAAGUUAAAUCCUGUUAAUAUUACUAAUAAUAAAUGCAUUUCGACAUUAAAACCUGGAUUCAAAAUAAUAUCUCCAAAUGACUUAAAGUCGAAAAUAGUUCUAAAUCCACAAAAAAGUUGUAAGUAUGUAUUAACUAAUAUAGAAAAUGGAAAAGUCACGAACUUGCCGACUUGUAUUUCCAAAUCACCAAUGUUAAAACCAUUAAAUUCUAUAAUACCAGUAACAGUCGCCGAAAAAUUUAAUGCAAUUGAAGAAAAACCAAAAAUUAAAGAUAUUAAAUCAAAAUUUGUUGUUAACUUCAAAGAAUUUCAGAAUCAAAGAUACAAAGCUUUACGAAUUGAAAAAAAAAAAAAUUUCAAAAAAUUCAAACAUUUAUUUGCAUCAAACACUAGUUUUCAACCUAUACAACAGAGUUCUACAAAUGCAUUUAUUAGAAAACAAAAAAGGAAAUUGAAAUCUCAUACAGAUCCAUCAAACUCUAAAGAAAUGAAGAUUGACGCAAGUAUUACAGAUUCUAAACAUAAUCAACAAGAAAAAGAACUAUCAUCAUUAAACAAAAAUAAAAAUUUAACUGAUUUUGGAGAUGUCAGUGGACUGAAAAAACAUAUACCCCAUACUAUUAUUAGUAAAGAUUUAAUAAAUAAUCAUAAAAAUGUGGUUAUUUUAAAUAAUAAUAUUAAAAAAGAAUUUUGUCCUACACCUGGAUUUAUUCAACUAUCAUCAAAGCCUGAAUCUCUAAUCAAAACAUAUGGUCAACCUUUAGCUAUCACAAAAUAUGGUAAAUUUACUGCUAAAGAACAAAAAACUGUAAGAUUAGUACCUUUAAGUUCAAUUAACCAAUCAAAAACAAAACCGAAUGCUACUGUUAUGAUACAUGGUAAACCAGUUCCUGUUCGUAUUAUGAAAAAAAAUGAUAAUAAUCCCAACAAUAAUAUUACUAAAAUUCCUACUAAUCAAUUAUUGAAGAUGAUUCCUAAUAAAGUUUAUACAGCAAAAAAUACAAAAUUGAAUAAAUUUAGUAACAAACCCAACGUUUGUUACAAGAAAAUAUCGUUAGAACCAUUAAUUAAGGAUUUAUUACCAAAAGUUACUAUGACCCAGAGAAUAUUACCAAAAUCAUCUCCCAAUAAAAUGAAUACGACCAAAAAUCAACUGACGUUUCCACCAGGUCCAUUGGUUACAUGUGAAUAUGAAUAUUGUAGUAUAGUAGGACACAAACUUGAAAUGAUUGAUUUUAUGUAUUGUAGCAAGGGUUGUAAAAGAUUAGCUACUAAACUAAAGUUAGCUACAGAAAAGCCUGUUGUUAUUGGACAACCACAAGAAAAUACAGAUUUUUCAAAAAAACCUCCGAUUGAUCGAAAAUUGCUUUUAGCAAAAUUGAGAAGUAGAAUUAAUAAAAGGAAGCAAAACUUACCAUCUUUUCAAAAAGAAGAUGUAUCUGGGCAUCAAGUUGAAACACUUUGUAAGGUGCCCUACACUUCUAUUUCAUCUGCAAUACCAAUAACUGUAAAUCGUUCUUUUCAAAAAUCAGAAAAUAAAAGAAAAUCCUCAAAAUCAAUUAGAGCUACUGCUACAGUUGAAAACGGUAAACUAGAAAAAGAAAAAAUAUUGAGCUAUUUGCAACAUACUGAUUAUGUACCUGCUCCAAAAAGAUUAUUUGACAAUCCUUUUCCAUUAGAUGCUAACCCUUUUAAAGUUGGACAAAGAUUAGAAGGUAUUGAUCCAGAACAUGAAGCCUUGUUUUGUGUUAUGAGUGUAGUGGAAGUUUGUGGAUAUCGCAUUAAGUUACACUUUGAUGGCUAUCCAGAUAUAUAUAAUUUUUGGGUAAAUGCAAAUUGCCCAGAUUUAUUUUUCCCUAGAUGGUGUGAACAAAACUCUCGCAUUUUGCAACCACCAAAAAAUUAUAAUCGACCAUUCAGGUGGACUGAUUACCUUCAUAUACCUGGUGUUACGCCUGCUCCAAAAUGGAAUUUUCCUACUGCCUUAAAUACUAAUCGUAUAACAAAUCAUUCAUUUUAUAUUGGAGCUAAACUAGAAGCUUUAGAUAAAUUAACACGCACAACAUCAAAACAACUUAUAUGUGUUGCUACUAUUGCUGAUUUUUUGGGAAAUCGUAUACGUAUUCAUUUUGAUGGAUGGACAGAUGAUUUUGACUACUGGACAGAUAUUACAUCAACUACUAUACAUCCUGUGGGAUGGUGUGAUAAAAAUGGUCGAUCUUUAUGUCCACCUCAUGGUUACGAUGAUUGCAAAGGCAAAAAUCCUUUUUCUUGGACUAAAUAUUUAAAAGAAACCAAUAGUCAACCUGUACCAGAAAAUGCAUUUUUUCGCAGACCAUUACGAGAAUUUACUAAUAGCAUGGCAAUUGAAGUUGUAGAUAUUGCAAAUCCUUCAUUAAUUAGAAUUGCUAAAGUAGUAGAUGUUAAAGGAGAUGAACUUAAAAUACUUUAUGAUGGAUUUGAUACCAUAUAUGCGUACUGGAUUGAAGAUGACAGUCCAAAUAUUCAUCCACUUGGAUGGUGUUUAAAAACUAAUCACCCAAUUGAGCUAUUUAAAGCAAAUGCAAUACUUUGGACUUGUAGAGUUCCUGGUUGUAAUGGUAAAGGCAAUGCAAAUAAUUCCAAAAAUACUCAUGUAUUUGCUAAAGAUUGCCCAUAUGAAUUUGAGUCAUGGAAAAAAUUAAUUUCUGGAUUAAUAGUUAAACCUGAUAGAAUAAAACCUGAAGAUUUAUUAUCUUCAGUUCCAAGUAGUUUGAAACCUGAGAGUACUGUUGUAACUAAAGAAGAUAAUAAAAAAGAAAAAUUGAAGUCAAAUAAACUAAAAAGAUACCGUUUUAAGAAGUCUAAAAAGUCUAAAAAGUAUAAGAAGUCUAAAAAAAGAAUCAAUAACAAAUUAAAAAAGAAUUUAAAAAAAAAGAUACCCAACGGUCGUUCAAAAACUGUUUAUAAAAGAGCUGUUGAAGCAAUGGAUGAAUUAGAAAUAAUUAAAGGUGUUAAUGAUUAUACAAGCUAUGGUUAUGGCUCUUUUAAACGUCCUAGGCUUAAUGCAUGGACCAGACAUAAUGUUCUAGAUGAUAUACCAAUAUUUAAUACUACUGAUGUAAGAAAAUGGCCUAUAAAAGAAGUAGCUACUUUUGUUGAAAUAGUAGUUUCUAAUAAUUAUACAGAUGAUAAUCCCUCUGAUCGAAUCAAAAUAUCUAAAUCUUUUUUAAAUCAGGAAAUCGAUGGUGAUGUAUUUUUAAUGUUAACCCAAAAAGAUUUAACAGAUGUAUUAAACAUUCCACUUGGUCCGGCGCUAAAACUGCAUAAUGCUAUUGUAGUGUUAAGACAAAGAACUUCUGCAUUUGAUGUUGCGAAUGGACUGUUAUAAACUUAAAACUAAACAAAAAUAAGUUAUACUUUUUUACUAUGAAAUUUUAUUUCAUUUCUCAUUUUGUAUUUUAUUACUUUUUUAUUUUAAAAUAUUUAGUACUUUAUUGUGCAUUAUAAUU